AUGUCGCAGAACAAUCUCAAUUACAUCGUCGACCCCAUUAAUGAUGACAUCGCAUCCUCACAAACUAUUUAUGUGAUGCAACCAAGUCCAAGCACAACAACAACUUCUUUGGAUAGUGCAACGUCGUCGGCAAUUCAAACAGUAAUCAUCGACGCAUGUCAAAAGGCUGUUGAAAAGGUGGAGGAAAAAAAUAAGCUAAUAUUGUUGCGCCUAACAGAAAACGUUGAGGGGAUGCGCAAAGAAAUCAUUGAUCUUAAAAAAGCGGUAUCACAUAAUAACGCUACUAUUAUACCAAGCAAGCCGUAUGCUAAUAUUGAAGACUUCAUCAAUUUUGAGAAAACUAUUCUGGAAGAUAUAGAUAAAUUUUCCUUGCUGAAGGCAGAUCUAAAAUGAUGGUCAACAUCCAAUUCGAGAAAAUUUGUUACGAAAGCGUGGCAGAAGUUUAUGACUGACAAAGUUGCUGAGAGCUUUUCCUGGCGAGGAGCUGCAGAUAAGAAGUGCAUUAGGGCCUUCACUGUCGCCACUGCUAUUCACCGUAAGUCAAAUACGUUUAAAAGGUUUCUAGUUACAUUUCUAUAUUCAUAUUUAAAUUCUAUUGCAGAAACUUUCGCUGAAAAUGCAGGCAAGGAAGAGGACUUUGUGUUUGCCUCUAAGUCAUAUUUCCAGUACGCAAAAAAUCGUAUUAAAAUUAAAACAACAAAAAAAGUAAACUAAAAUACUACGUAGUAAUGAUUUUUUAAAUGAAAAAAACAAUGAA